ACGGUCGACAACAAGGCACUCUAAAGCAGACACGCUCACCUGAAGUCCCACUCCGCAUGCCAGACUGUUCCAGGCACCGGCAUACUAUCACACCUUCUCUCCGUGACGUGCAUGUACUCAAUGCCGACAACAAGGCGCUCUAAGGCCGCCGUACCAGUGCACUCGUCACACUUGUCAGGCUGGCUUUUGUCACACCUUGUGUCAUUCAUUUAUAAAGUCAAACGCCGUGUUGUCAAAGCUGAAUAAAAUUGUAACAAAAUACAUAACUGAAACACAUAAAAAGAUAACUAAUCACCCUUGGAUGAUGUCCACUGGAGUGUUUGUCAUCUCACCAGUGUGCAUAAUAGGGGGCUUGACCUCGCGGAACACAUUUUUUUUCCCACCUAUAAAACGGACAGAAUAAAAAAUGUAAUUAACUUUUGAAUAGCUUAUUUAUGAGGAUAUAGUGUACUGCAUCGUUCUCACCUCACAUGUGGUAGUCUUUUGUUGUGCUGCAGAAAACAAGAGUCAAGUAUUUCUUUUGUGCUUUCAUUAUACUGUAACCGCUACUGAGCCCGCAUGUCAUGAAGUGUUUUGCUUACUUCAGGAGGACUGCUGAGCUGAAGCCGCACCAUUGGGGUGAGAACGUGUGAUGUGUCGAAAAGCCCAGAUGAAUAUUUGACAGGGAGGCUAACGAUUGGUUUACAAUCACCGGACACUUCAUUAGGUACAGCGGUGACUGCCAAUGUGAGAGCUGUUUUGAAUUUUGUGAUAUACGUAGCUGAUUUCAAACUACACAGGCGAUUCAACUGUACACACACACACACACACACUUGAAGGGAUACACUGGUUCAACUAAAUCCAAAACAAACCUUAACACAAGGGACCCGGAUGACAAGAACAGGUGGCGACAAUAAAGUCACACAAGGAAACAAAACCAAAUAUAAUCCAAACAAAACAUUUUUCUUUUCUCUCUGUCUCUGAUUGCAUUAUCACAGGCUAAAGGUAUCCUUAAAGCUGCAUAAAAACACAUUAAAGUGAAGAACUGCACAGUAAACUUAACAAUGCAGGCAAUUAUUUCAGUUUGAACGGUGUCGCUUCUCAGAACGGAACUAAAAAUGAAGGUCUGAUAAUGAAGUUUGCAGGGUGUGUGAUUGCCAAUAGUUGCCAUGCCUUUGGGCGCCUCGCGGCAUUAAGCCCCCACCUGCUGACAACUACCCUGUUCCUCUCAGUAAUGUUUAAACCAUCACCUGUGUGAUGGCUUAUUUCGUCUAUAGGAGAAGAACAAAAACAAAACAAAAAAAAGAAAGAAAACGAGUUGUUGCUGCUUCUCCCUGCAGGUCUAAUGAGUCAUGACAUGAGCGUCCCCUCCCACGCUCCUUCCCUCUCCCCCCUUCCUCCCCGACUCUGAGCGCCUUUAUAUUAGAGGGGCUGCUCCCCUUCCCGCAGAAGCCUCCCUCCCGCCUUAUCGGGAGGCUCACCGGAUCUCACAAGAUGACUCGGACUCCUCUCGUUCUGCUACUUGGGUUCGCUUUUCAGAUAGGGAAUCAAGCACUUCCAGUGGGGAAGGAUGGCCAAAGAGAAGAUGUGGUGACAAGAUGUUUGGUGGAGGUUCUGUCCAAAUCACUCACCCACCCGGACGCCCAAUUGGACCAAGAGUGCAAGGAGAUCUUCCAAGCAGGAAUUAAACAUGCUCCGCUGGACAAGAACAGCAAAGGGGCGACCAAUGAAGAGCAGCCCAAAGAUCACGCACAAGACAUCCAUGAACUCCAGAGCGCAGUAGAGUCGAACCGGGAAGGCGCAAAGAGUGAACGCAAUCAGGAAUCCUGGAGUCUGGAGAAAAGACACCAGGGAGACGAUAGCGCGGAGGAAGAGGAAAAACGGGAGAAGAGAAGCAGCUGGAGGCCAGGAAGGUUCCACCAGAAGAGGCCUAAACGUGACAAGGAACCUUUGGGAGGAGAGUCCAAAGAGGAGGAGCGUGAUGAAGAACGCAGUCAGGAGUCCUGGGAUUUGGAUCGAAGGAGCGACGAUGACCUCGAGGAGCAAGACCAGCUCAUUUGGAAGCCCUCAGAUCAAUACCACCCCAAAAAGAAGUUCCACAAGCGUGGAGAUGAGGACUACGAACGCAGCCAGGAGUCGUGGGGGCUUGAUGACGUGAGGGACAAGAGGGAAUGGAGGGUUGGGCGAUACCAUCAGAGGAGACACAAGAGGGAUGAGGAGAUCUCAGAGGAUCUGGAUGGGGAACGAAGCCAAGAAUCUUGGGAUUUUGCCACCGAUGUAUCCAAGAGAGACUGGAGGCCCGGAAGAUAUCACCAGAGGAGACACAAGCGCGACGAAGAACUCUCAGAGGUACCAGAUGAGGAACGCAGUCAGGAAUCCUGGGAUUUUGACAGUGGGAGGGCCAAGAAGGACUGGAGACCUGGGAGAUACCACCAAAGGAGACACAAGCGUGAUGAGGAACUGUCAGAGGACCCGGAGGAGGAGCGCAGCCAGGAAUCUUGGGAUUUUGACAGUGACAGAUACAAGAGAGACUGGAGACCAGGUAGAUACCACCAAAGGAGACACAAGCGAGAUGAGGAACUGUCAGAGGACCCGGAGGAGGAGCGCAGCCAGGAAUCUUGGGAUUUUGACAGUGACAGAUACAAGAGAGACUGGAGACCAGGUAGAUACCACCAAAGGAGACACAAGCGAGAUGAGGAACUGUCAGAGGAACCAGAUGAUGAGCGCAGCCAGGAGUCUUGGGAUUUGGAGAAUGACAGAUACAAGCGGGACUGGAGGCCUGGGAGAUACCACCAGAGGAGACACAAGCGAGACAAAGAGCUCUCAGAGGAUCCGGAUGAGGAACGUAGCCAGGAAUACUGGGAUUUCGACAGUGACAGAUACAAGAGGGACUGGAGACCCGGGAGAUACCACCAGAGGAGACACAAGCGAGAUGAGGAACUGUCAGAGGACCCGGAGGAGGAGCGCAGCCAGGAAUCUUGGGAUUUUGACAGUGACAGAUACAAGAGAGACUGGAGACCAGGUAGAUACCACCAAAGGAGACACAAGCGAGAUGAGGAACUGUCAGAGAAUCCGGAUGAGGAACGUAGCCAGGAAUAUUGGGAUUUUGACACUGAUAGAUACAAGAGAGACUGGAGACCAGGUAGAUACCACCAGAGGAGACACAAGCGAGAUGAGGAACUCCCACAGGAAGCCCGAGAGGAACCUGAUGAGGAACGUAGCCAGGAAUCCUGGGACUUCAACGGGGAGAAGAAGUCCUGGAGGCCUUGGAGAUACUACAAGAAUAAGCCAAAGCGUGAUGAAGAACUCUCAGAGGAAAAGUGGGAGAACUCAGAUGGAGAUCGCAGUCAGGAGUACUGGAACUUCGACAAGAGACAUAGCAAAUAUGAUGACAAAAAUCCUGAAAAGUACAUUUGGAAGCUGUCGCAUCAGUACAACCACAAAAACAAAUACCACAAGCAUGGAGGGGAGGAGGUGCCUGAAGAUGAAGACCUGAGUGACGAUUCAGAAAAUCCAGAGGAUAGGAGCGAAACCCUGGGAUAUCUGGCUGAGAAAAGAAACCCGUGGAUCUACUACCAUCCCGCCUGGUUCAAAGGGAAUCAAGAAGAGCACGCUGCCCCAAACAAGAUGGAUGAGGCGGCCAAGCUGCUGAGUCACAAAAUCGACCAGCUCGCCGACCAAGAGGCAUCACAAGGCGCCACGCAUCCGAGGGCACUCACGCCGCAUGAGGAGAAAGCACUGGAAAACCUGGCGACAAUGGACGAGGAGAUGAAGAAAAUUGCUGCCAAGUUGCAUGAUAAGGAAUGAGCUACGACUAAGGUUUACAUGGAAAACAAAACGCCGUUCGUUUCGUCCGCAAAGUUUA